CCUUCCUUCUUUCCCUACCUCCCUUCUUAUAGAUGGAAUAUGGGUGAGAAGAAAGCCAGUUCUAAUAUCUUAAUUAAACUUUAACUGAAAAUUUAAUUCUCUAAAUUUAAGAAUUUUUCCACAUAAAAAGUCAAUAAAAAGCAUUUACUAUAUGGCCCUAUUUGUCCUUUCCUUCUCACACUUGGCUUCUCCUUCUGAAUGUCUCCUGCCUUAUACUACCAUAGCCCAUGAGUACCUAGCAGUUUAUUGGAGUUAGAAUUCAAGUUACAAAGAAUAAAAGGGAAUUUGUCUUUCAUCUUUACUUUUGGUAUUUCUUCCUUUGGCUUUCCUCUUUUAAAAGGCCAGGAAAUGUCUCAUUCUAUCCUCAAAAACAAAUCUCAAUAAUUACUGAAUGAGGAUUUAAUAAAUAUUUACUGAGAACGAUGCCCUUAUUUUCAGAUAUUAAGUGUCUUUCUGAGACUCUGGCAAACAAAGAGUCAGGUAAUUCUGCCCCGCCCCCCGCUCCCACCCCCACUUCCUAAAGAUUAGCUUCACUUACUUUUUUAAUGCAUUUACUAAAUCACGUACACCAGUUGUAUCUCUGAUGCCUCACAGUGAAAAUAGAAAGUUCCCUGUUCCCCUGUAAGUAACAGAUAACUUUGGCAUUGAAAAGCUUUAAAAAAAAAAAAAAAUUCAGAACUCUGUGCUGGCUCUUCAGGCCUGUUGAUUUCCAAAGUGAGAAUUAGAAAUUUAUUUGCUCUCAGUUUGUUGAGGUCACAGUAAUGAAAGGCAGUAAUAGAAAUAAGGAUCAUUCAGCAGAAGGGGAAGGAACUGGAAAACGACCAAAGAGGAAGUGUCUUCAGUGGCAUCCAUUACUAGCAAAGAAACUUCUUGACUUUUCUGAAGAGGAGGAAGAGGAGGAAGAAGAAGAAGAUAUUGAUAAGGUCCAACUUCUUGGAGCUGAUGGCCUAGAGCACGAUGUAGAUGAGACCGAAGAUGAUGAAUCUUCAGAGCAGCGAGCUCGUAGACCAAUGAAUGCAUUUCUUUUAUUUUGUAAACGCCAUCGCUCCCUUGUUCGUCAGGAACAUCCCCGGCUGGAUAACCGUGGUGCUACCAAGAUACUGGCUGAUUGGUGGGCAGUUCUAGACCCAAAGGAAAAACAGAAAUAUACAGACAUGGCCAAGGAGUACAAAGAUGCAUUUAUGAAAGCCAAUCCUGGCUACAAAUGGUGUCCUGCAACAAACAAGCCUGUGAAAUCCCCAGCGCCCACUGUUAAUACACGAAAAAAGCUGUGGGCCUUUCCAUCUGACUCUGGAAAAGAUUUACCAAGCCCCAAGAAAGCAAAGACUGAAGAAAUGCCUCAGCUUAACUUUGGGAUGGCAGAUCCUACACAAAUGGGAGGCCUGAGCAUGCUGCUUUUGGCUGGAGAACAUGCUCUGACUGCACAAGAGAUAUCUUCAAAUACGUCACAUCCAGAGGCUCCUGCACCUGCCAAACAGUGUGAAGAGUCAGCUUUGUUUCAAUUUGCAGAGAUCUCUUCAAAUACUUCACAGUUGGGUAGUCCUGAGCCCGUGAAACGCUGUGGGAAGUCAGCACUCUUCCAAUUGGCAGAGAUGUGCCUAGCAUCAGAAGGAGUAAAAGUAGAAGACUCAAAAGUGACAAAAGCAAAAGAAUCAGAAGGAAAAAGCAUGGAAGAAUCUGAGAAGGGAAAAGUAGAAAGGGAAAUAAAAGAAGAGAAAUCAGAAGAAGAAAAGUUGCAGAAGACAGAAUUAGAAAAGCCAGAUGAAAAAAUAGUCAAAGACUGCCCAAGUGUCAAAAACUUUGACGAGAUUAAAGUGGACCAAAUGAAGGAGGGAAAGAAGGAAGAUGGUGAAGAGAUUAAAAAAGAAGAGUUGAGGGAAGAUAAAAACUGUAGCCACUUCAUUGAUCCUUCUUCUUCCAUCAGUAGUAAGCUAAUCACGAGUGAUGGUCCCAGCAGAAAAGAUCCCAUUUGCCAUUCUCAUGAAGCUGUGAUCAUUGAAGACACCUUAGGGUUAAGCAAACCAGAGAAGCUAAAAAAGAAAAAGAAGAAGAACAAAAUGGACCGACAUGGGAAUGAAAAGUCCACUCCCAAAAAAACCUGCAAAAAGAGGCAAUCCUCCGAGUCUGAUAUUGAGAGUGUUAUAUAUACUAUUGAAGCAGUUGCAAAAGGAGACUGGGGCAUCGAGAAACUUGGUGAAACUCCUCGCAAAAAAGUUCGCACAUCCUCAAGUGUGAAGGGAAGCAUUCUGGACACCAAGUCACCAAAGAAAAAAAUCAAGUCGAAAGAUAAGAAGAUGUCAAAGGAGAAACUGUCAAACCCCACCAAAGAGACCAAGCCUUUGGAUUUCAUUAGCAUUACUGCCAACAAAGAGGUUCCCGGAGAGAUUCCAGAGUGUGUAAGAGCAGAACCAUUGACUCCGACGGAGGAGGUUCUACCGCAGAGCUUGCCAGGACAGGUCAAAACAGAGGAGAGUGACUGUAAUAGAAAGAUAGAAAUCUGUGGCUCAAGGAAAUCUGAGAGGUCUUGCAAAGGUGCUCUUUAUAAAACUCUGGUCUCAGAGGGCAUGCUCACUUCCCUGCGAGCUAACGUGGACAGAGGGAAAAGAAGCUCAGGAAAAGGUAGCUCCUCUGAUCAUGAAGGGUGUUGGCAUGAAGAAAAUUGGUCAUUUACCCAGUGUGGGACUAGUGGGAGUAAAAAACUAAAAAGACCAAAGCCAAAGGAAGAGUUUGUCCUUGGCUUAGCAAAGCUGGAAGAAGAAUUUGAAAAAAAAUUCAAUAGCCUCCCUCAAUACAGUCCUGUCACAUUUGACCGGAAAAGUGUAUCUGUUCCAAGAAAAAAGAAGAAGACUGGAAAUGUUUCAUCAGAACAGACUAAAACCAGCAAAGGUUCAUUCCAGUCUCAGAAAAAGAACCUAUUCCACAAAAUUGUCAGCAAAUAUAAGCACAAAAAGGAGAAGCCUAAUGUUCCGGAAAAAGCCAUACUUUCAGAAGAUAAAACCACCACUGAGCCUCUCCGCAAGACUAAAGAUGCCCCAUCAGUUCCAAGCACUCCAGAGCCAACAACAACGCAAGAGCCUUUGGUUGGCAGCCAGAAAAGGAAAGCCAGGAAAACGAAGAUCACGCAUCUCGUCAGGACCGCAGAUGGCCGGGUGUCACCAGCAGGAGGUACUUUGGAUGACAAACCCAAGGAACAACUGCAGGGUAGUCUCCCUAAAGCAUCAGCUACAGAUAUCGAUUGCAAUGAGGAAUGCUCCCAAAACAUCGAAGCAGAGGAGAUUCGUAGUAUCACACCAGACAUGCCAGCCGUGUCUGCCUUCUUCAGCCUGGCUGCCCUGGCUGAAGUAGCAGCAAUGGAGAAUGUACACAGAAGUCAGCGGGCAGCUCCUCUUGCCCAUGAUGGACAGCCGAAAGAAAUGCCACAGGCUCCCGUACUUAUUUCCUGCGCUGACCAGUGAAGCUCCCCUUUAUUGUAAAACAUUGUGCUUUACCUAAUAUCCUAGCCUUGUCUUUACCAAGGGAAGCUAGUCAGUCCAUAGGAUGGAAAAUAUAGAUUGCAAACACGUGAUUGGUGCCCUGCACGGCCCAGAUUUCACUUGAAGCCAGAAGUUAGCAACUUGGGCCAGGUCGUCCUAUUGGAACCCAGAAUCUUUGAGGGGGAUGUUAUUUGUCUGAUAAUGAACAGAAUGAGAAUGAUCCUGGAGCUUUGCUUUCUAUUGAAGGCUUUUAAUGGUAAAUUGGUGGUUGCUUGGAAGUGGCUGCCUUUACUGUAGCUCAUCCAGUGUCUCUUUUACCAACCAGAGAGUGUGAAACUAGUUUCGUAUAAUAUCUAGUUAUUCUUUAAAAAACAAACAAAAAAAAACAAAAAAACAACAACAACAAAAAAACAACAACAAAAAAAAACAAACUGACGCACUGCACUAGUUAUUAUUAGAUAUUCCUAGUCAUUUUUGUACAUGAAGAUUUAAGUUCUAAGAUGGUUUAUAUAAUAGGUUAUGCCUACAUUUAUAUUGUAGAUUAAAUUAAAAAACCUGUUCCAGAGAACCCCAAACAGCAUGGGCAGACGUACCAUUGUUAGCGGUGUAUGCUCAGCCUCGUGGUCCAUAUAUUCUGCACUUUUAUAUUUGCCACCAGAGUGGUAGUUUGUUGGCAAAAAAAGAAAAAAGUCUGACUCUAUUUAUAGGCUGAGUCUUUUCUUAGGCUUGAAUGGUUAAGGAGAAUUUGCAUAGGGUAAGUUGUGGUAUGUUUUCACCUAGUUGGAGGAAGAGUCCUGCAGAUUAUUGAUGGUAUCAUGCCUUGAGGAUUCUUUUUAUUUUUUACAUAGGGGUCUGAGAGACCAGUGGAACAUUGAUACAAACAAACAAAAACGAAACAAACUAAAAAAAAAAGGACAGAAAAAUUGUUCAGAAGUGACCUUAGAAUUACUUCACUAUUCUGAAAACAUUGAAGACAUUGAAUUCAUGUGGACUCUGAGACACAUACCUUUUAUAUCUCUCACAGACACACUGGACUGGGUUGCGAUUGCUAUGCACAGCCUAAAUUGGCAAUGCAGGUUUUUUUUUUUAGAGCCAUUUAGAGUUUGUGUUGGUUAAGAGGUAUGUGAGUAAAUGAUAAUGAGAAGUAUGCUUGACUCGAGUGGGGCUAUCAAAUCUAGAUCUACCUGCCAGUUUCCAUUUCUUUUUGUGUUUUGUUGCUUUUGAGCAUUAAACCAUAGAUAGGCCAGUGCCAAGUGGAUCAGCUGGCUUAGAACAUUCAACAUAUUGACUUAACCACCUGACUUUCCCAGUGACUUGUUUCCUAGCAACAGCUACAAAGUGAUAAAUCAAAAUUAGUCUGAGGCUACAAAUUCUACAGGGUAUUUGUUCCAUAGCACAAAGUAUUUCCCUAUUCUUGCAUCACAGCACAAAAAAAAAAAAAAAAGAAAGAAAAAUGCCAAAUUUUAAUUACUGGACUCCAGCAAUAAUUUUUUUAUUGGUCUUCAUACUGGCUGAAUUUUGAUAGUGUUAGGUUGAGUUUGAAGCUCUUGAAUUAGGUCUCAAAAUGAUGAGAGUUUACAUGGUUUUAUCAGGCCUUCUUAUUUAUACUUGACUGAAUUGAUAAUGAUUUUUUUGUAAUUGUAAUUUGAUGUAAUAGCCAUACAAAAAAAAUAAGUAACUCUUAAUACAGACUAGGUUUAGCCUUUCAUGGUUGUAGAUAUGACUUCAGUUUCGGUGCUGGAAAAUAUGUACAACAUACUACACAGGAAUGGAAAAGUAACUUGUAUAGAGAGCAAUGAAGAUGAAAGGCAUUUGGAAUGAUGUCCUCAAAAUACAUAUUCUUUGUGCAUUUGGAGGAAGAAGGAAUAGAAAAAAGGUUAAUCCAAGGUGACAGCUUAACCCCAAUCAGGUAACACUAAACCUAGUAAAGAGUCCCAACAAAUACAAUGUACCUUAGGUUUUUACUAUGAACCUGUUUUAUUAAUGUUUUCUAAAUUUUAAAAAGUGAAUGUUUGAAAAUUGCUGGGUCCCAGUGUGGUGGCUGUUGGAGUUUUUGGACCACUUGCUAGCAGUGAUUUAGAAAUUAAGAUUAGCUAAAAACCCAAAAAUCGUACGGUGCGGACCAUGCACCUUGACAAUGGUACUAACUUGUUAUUCUAUAGAACACUUUAGAAUAGGUCUAUUUUUGCCAGAGCCUCUUCCAAUCUUCCUCCAAUUACAUUUCACUAGUGUUCCUUAAGAGAUUGCUGUAUAUUAAUGGGACCUUUUUUUAAAAAAACAAAACAAAACAAAACAAAAAAAGAAACAAAAGGAUUACUUUUUUCUAUGUGAAUUAAUAUCUUACUUGAUCUGCUUUUUCCUAAACCUCAGUGGCUUUUCCCUUAGGUGGGGCAGGGUGGGUGGGGAGAACUUACUGGAUAUGACUGUUUUCAGAGACUUAUAAAAACUUUUUUGUAGAAAUGCUUAAUUUUUAAGCAGUUAGGCACUGAGAGCAGCAGAAAUCCUGCAAAGCUUUAUAGUUCUCUAGACCCUUACCUUGUUGUUUCUCUGAGUGAAGUCUUGAUUUCAAUAGCUAGAACUGCUCAUGCCCUGAAUCUGCUACAGAGGGGUGUUGAUAUUUUUCAGGUAACACAGUUUGUUAGCACAAAUAUUUCAGACCAACGUUUAAUAUUAUCUUUUCUUCCAGUUAUUUUAAUAGCAUUCUUUUUUGUUUUGUAAAGUCAUAUUGCUAUGGUGUGUACUUUAGUAUGCCAGCAAACACUGUCCCACAAGCCUCCUUGAGAAAAAAAAAAUGUUGCACCUUAUGUAUAUCUCAAGCAAACCAAAAUAUGAUGCUCUUCUGCUUUGUUUUUAUUCUAAAUAUGUUGUAUCAUAUCUUUCUGAAACCAUUCUGAAUUGAGUUGAAAUUAUCAAUAUUUAUGCAUUUAACCUUAAUUUCUGGAUUCAAACCUGUAUAUAAAUCUUUUGAAAAAAAUUGUCCUAGCCCUUCUCUGUGAUGCUGGAUAUGGGGGAUUUCGUCUCAAAGGGAGACACAGUACUGUUCCAGUUUUCUUUGGCUUUUAUUUAUUUAGUUAUUCUGGGUAUUUCCAAUGUAAUUUUGAGGUAUGUAAAGUGUAUUAUAGUAGCUGAAGCUACAACCUAUGAGAAGCUGCGUGAAAAAUUACUGUAAGUCAUCUUUUAAGUUUUAAUUGUUUGAGUACUGUAUAUGAGGUUGAGAAAAAGUAAAACAUGUUCCAUAGAAACAUUUUGAGAUACAGGUUCUGAUCCCCGACUAAGGUUAUUUUUCAGAUUUGAGACCAAAACUGUUAAUUCAUUAAAAACCUUCUUAAGGUUAAAUCAUGCUGUUGUAAUCCUGUGACAGUCUUUAUUCUCAUGAAUGUGCUAUAACUUCAGAAAUGGAGUAUCUUUAUUUAAUAAGACUGGAUGAGUUUUUCAAUUAAUUCAAUGUUCCAAAAGCCGUGCUGAAAAAUUUGAUUAGGUAUAAAGUCCCAAAUCAUCAAUUCAUAGUUUCAAUUCAUACUUUCAAAAUUAAUGGGAAAUGCCAUAUUUCUUUAAAAAAAAAAAAGGAAGUAUAUGAACCGAUUUGAUAUCAAGAAACAAACUUUUUGGAUCACCUGUUUUUUUUCCUUGUUCAGGAAAACAGUACCCUCCUUGACUAGGGUAAACUUACUUUUGCACUCUGCAGUCUUUGGCCCAUCGUAUUAUAAUUUUGUAUCCGUGAAAAAUGUCAAGAAAGUUAAAAAACUGCACCAGAAACCAUCGCAAGCAGGAAACUGAAAGUUUGUUUAUGAGGAAAAGAGUAGGAUGGAAGUGCAUCUAUUACAAGUUUGGUAUUAAUGUGAAACACUUGCUUGCCAAUUCAACUACUGUAUGUAUCUUAAAUAUGCGAAAUUAUGGAAUAUGUGGGCCUGAGGCGAGCCUACAUUCUAAGAAAGACGACUACCAUUUUAUGGGGGGGGAAUGAGGAAGAAGAUAUAAAAUCUAUUUUCCCCCCUUGCAAAGGGAAGACAGGGUUUAUAUGGCACCAAUGGGUUAAUAUUUGAUUACACUCUACGGAGUGGUCACUGAUCAGGCCAAUGUUGAUAGGCUACCUCUGCUUUAAAGGAUAGCUUCAUGACUUCCUAUCUGUUUCAAAAACUGCACCAUCUGAUGCUUUUUGCCCUCAGUGCCACAUUCACACCUGCAGUGUUUAAAAUUCCAGGAACCAUCUCACACAGAGAGGACAGUGUAUUGCUAAAAAUGGGCAGUGGUAGCCUUGUAGUUAUUGCUGUUUCAUUUGACCUAUGAAGUAUUCUUGUUGGCUGCUUGAUGGAAUCUAAAAUCGAGCUGUUAAUUUGCUCUGAGAAAGAUUGCCUGGCACCCUUUGAAAACCAGUGUUCUUCAGGGGUUGCUUUUUCUUGAUACGAACAUUCCCAAAGAAUCAUUUUGUUUAUUUGUUUUGGUUUGGGCUUUAGAUAUUUUUAAUAUCCUGAGUUAGACUGACUAACACUGUACUUCAUUGAAAAGAAGCAGUUAGUUCAUCUGUUUUCAGAUGUGUGCAGUAGAUUAUUGAAUGGACUGCUUUGCUUUAGUCUUAAAGUCACUGUUAAUGUUGUCACACUGUAUAUCAAGUCAUCUUGCUUGCCCUUUGCAUGGGAGACAUUAUUUUCUACAUUUCGAGACAUUUCAGGACAAAGAAGCUGCAAGCAGAUGAAUCAAAUUCAGUUGCAAGAGAGAAGUAAUUUUUGUUUUUCUCUCUCAUACUUUUUAUCAUUUCUGCCCACUUUUCUCCUUACAAAUCCAAAUGAGGAUUGCUCUUUUGGCCAAAUAGUGUCUGGUAUUAUAGAAGCUGUAAUGAUUUCAGAAAGGUAAAUUCUACACUUCAAAAUAUUUUGUAUUCUUAUUUUUUUUCCAGCCAGUGGUCAGAGUUUAUUUUAUUCCAAAUUGGUUUAUCUAACAGUACUAAUGGGCAUAUGAACAUUGUUAAGUUCUUCCAAAGACUUCUUGGUCCAAAGUAUGUUACUUGGUACCAAGUACCUAAGUCAUUACCUUUUCCCUUUGAAAUGCAAAUCUUACCUCAUAAUCUCUAAACUAAAUUACUUAAUACAUUUUGAGAAAUAACACACUAAUCCCACCUUGUGGCCCACAAGAGGGUGACAAACAUUUUCUCCCCAUUGACACACUCAUGUUAGUUUGUGCUGGACACUGGCUCUGGAAGUUAAAGAACUGUGGAUAUUGUGGUGUUGGCCAGAGAGCUCAAUGAAGUUUCACAUUUCAGUAGUAUUUUACAAGUCUUUUACUCUCCGAAAGUUAAAUGUAGGAGACAGCAACAAUAACAACCUGAGAUUCUACACACCUGAUUCUGAGUGUUGAUUAUAGGUUUGAAUCUAUUAGACAUCACAAAUUAGACACAGCUUCAUCUGACCACCAGGUCUUAAGUCUGUUGACAGUUUCAGCAUGACAGAAUUGCUUUUUUUUUUUCUUUCAGAAAUUGGCUUGGUUCUCUUUAGAUUUGAUGUAAACAUACCAUGUAAUAAAUGAUUUCCAUUAAUGGUACAACAGAAUUAUUGCUUUCUUAGAUGUGUGUGUAGUAAAAGUCAAUAUACACAUUUAUAUAAUUUUUCUUCAAAAUCUUAUACCUAAUUUGAUAUUUCUAAAAGGUGCACAUGUCAAGUCAUGUGUAUAACAUGCUAAACUACUUUAACUGUGAUCUUGAAACUGAAUAAAGAUAUUUAAUAAAAAUUUUAAAUAUUUUAAAGAAAACAAUUCAAAUAGAUUUCUUUAUACUUAUAUUAUCAGCUAUAGAGAAUUGCUUUGAAAAAAUAUCUUUUCAAAAUAGGCAAAAAAAAAAAAAGCCUUCAUGAAAUAAAAUACCCACGUUCUAUUUAAAAAAAAAAAACAAAUGGCAUUUCCAUUGUUUAAUACAUUUUUCCCAGCUUUAUUGUGUUAAUUGUUCUGAAUAUUUCUCCAUAUUUUUUUUAAAAGAAAUACCUCUUCUCUGACUUAUUGUUUAGAAGUUAAUCGAAGGAAGCAUUUUUUUUUUCCCCUGAGGAUAUUGACUUGGGAGUCAGAGGGCCUUGGUUCAAAUCUCACUUCUGACUCCAUUAAUUGUAUGAGCUUGGGGAAAAGGUUGGAUUAUAAUAAUCUUUGCGAAAUCUCCAAGCUCAAGAUCUAGAUACCUCUGAGACUCAGGGAAUUGGGGAAGAUAUGAUACAUUCUUAGCAGAAAAUUAGGCUGGAAUGUGUAGUCUGUCUUUGAAAUAAGGAAUAUAACCAAUAUUUGCAAAUAGAAUUUUUAAAAUGAUAUAAAACUCAGAUUUGGACUCUAAAUUAUUGAAUGAGAUUUCCUUGUCAAAGAUUACAUACAUUUUCUCUUUGGACAAAACCAUGUAUAUAGGUUAUCACAUCCUAUCUUCUUCAAGCUUGAUCUAUUUCUUCUAUGAAGAUGUUGAUGUUUCUCCAUUUUUAACUUCCUGAUUCACCUGGAACACCACAGACUUUUGAAUAAACUGCUCCAGUAGGUUGGACAUAUAGAAAACAAAGAAUGGGUUAAAUUCAUAUUUGUUAAAUUCAACUAUUUUAUAGAUAGUGUAGACAAUAAGAUUUCUUAAUCAAACUAGCCAAAAUAAUGUAUAUUGAGAGGCAAGCAGUAGCUUUAAGACUGGAGAAAAGGACUGUACUUUUGUAAUAAUAGAAGGAAUUCCUUAUAUCAAUGAAAUCACAAGUUCCAACCAAAAGUUUUUAAAGAGCUAGAUAUUGGGCAUAUCAAGACAAAAAUGUUUCCUCAACUUGCUUUCUCCUAGAUGAUUUUAAGAAAAGUCAUAUACAAAUAGCUAAAGGGAAUGGUACUGAUGCCAUUAUUCCAUUUACUAAAAACAAUGUUUAUAUGUUUAAAUCCGGGGAAAUGGUGUUUCAUGUAACUUUUCUUCCUAUAAUUUGUAAAUAUACAUUAAGCAUUUCCUGAAAACUUCCUCUUCGCAGUCUCCAGUUUCCAUAUAACUCACAAAUGUAGCAAUAAAGAAGCUAAUAUGUAUGAGUACUGGAGUGAAGAUUAUGGGUAUCAGAAUGAAAAUUUGUGUAUUGUGCCUUCUAAUCAACCUUUAUAAAUUUCUUUCUGGAGCUACUUUUACUUGCUGGAUACUCUUUAAUUUAGUCAUUCUCUUGCUUUUUUCCUCCCUUCAGGUAUUUUUGCCAAAAAAGGUUACAAAGCCUAAAAAUGACUUUUUAAUUUUUAAAAAAUUAUUGUGGCACCAAUAAAUCUUUUUCUCCUUCAA